AUGUAUACUCAGACGGAGUCGAAGUUAUUUAGUUGGCUGACGAGAAGAUACUCAAAGAAAUCAGGCUCUUCUCACAGAUGGAUUCAAAGACAGAGAACCGAUUUGUACACGCGCGACGCAAGACAUUACGAUUACAAGUCAAGAGCCGCGUUCAAGCUACUUCAGAUCGAUGAAAAAUUUGGAAUAUUUUCGCAAAACCGAACUUCCAACAUACUCGAUCUGGGCGCGGCUCCAGGAGCAUGGAGUCAGGUUGCCCUCGAGCGUUGUCGGAAAGGUUCAAACAUUCUUGGGGUGGAUCUGCUCGUAUACCAACCUCCUAAUGGAUCAUCUUCUAUGCAAGCAAAUAUCUUGAGUAAGAAGACUCAUGAAAGCAUAAAGGAACAUUUUAAAGUAGUUGAGAUGGAGAAAUUGAAACAAAAAUUUCAGCCAAUCGAGGUGAUAAGUAAUCAAAUGGCCUUUGAAAUACAAGGUACGUCAGUCAUAGAUUCAGAAUCUGAAUUAAGCAAACUUGAGAAAGUUGAGAGAGAGCACUCUUUGCGCAAACUUUGCAACGAUGAGUUAUACAGACCUGUGGAUGUGAUUUUAAGCGAUAUGUAUGUUCCCUUUCCUCAAAUAGGAGGAUUUGCAAAUCAGACUACUAACAUGCCAUAUAUAAGGAUGGCUAAUACUUCAGGGUUAUCCUUUAGAGAUCACGCCAUGUCAAUGGACUUAUGUGAUGCCGCCCUGGUAACGUCCAUAGACUUACUGAAGAAAGGGGGCAGUUCUGUGAUAAAGUUUUUUACUGGGCAAGACGAUAAAUCCCUUCAAAAAAGACUUUCUCUUGUCUUCCGCAAAGUCAUCCGUUUCAAGCCAAAAGCAUGCAGGCCAGAAUCAAAGGAAUGCUAUUUUGUUUGCUUGGAUAAAAUUGACAACUUCAUCGAUAAGAAACAAGUUUUUCGAGCCGCAUGA